CGGCGUGGCUUGGUCUCUUACAUUUGUGCACCCACAAGGUCGUUAGCACACCUCAGUUUUCUUGGAAGGUCGUUUAGAAUUACAACUUCAAUCGAGGGGUCGAAAGGACGAGGGUAUCUUUGGUUUACGUGAGGACCCAAAAAGCUCCAACGUUACAUGUAAGAUGAAGGGCAGCAACAUGCAGGAAGCGAGGCGGCGAUUUACGUCGAUGGAGGCAUGGGAGCUUCCCAAGCAUCCCAGCGCCAUUGCGCCAGAAGGCGUACGAACCAACCCGGACAUGGACCCCGUACCGGUGCCGAUGCGAACUUGGUCACUAUGGACUAUACUGGCCUACUGGAGUACUGAUCUUAUGAACCUCUCGACUCUACAGACCGCCGGGUCCAUACUUGCGGUCGGACUCAGCUGGCGGGAGGCGAUUCCCAUCAUGUUUGUCGGAACAACGUGUAUCGCAAUAGCUAUGGUCCUCAAUGGAGCUAUUGGAAGCCGCCUACAUGUCCCCUUUAGUGUCAUUGCCACGGGUAGUUUUGGGUUCUAUUUGAGAUACUUCGCUAUUGUCAGCAGAGCUAUCCUUGCUAUGUUCUGGCUAGGUGUACAGUGCGUCAACGGGAGUGUAUGUGUGACAAUUAUGCUGAGUGCAUGGGCUCCUUCUUAUGGACGGAUACCGAAUGCCUUACCUGAGUCGGCUGGCAUCACCUCUAUGGGAAUGUGCUCGUUCUUUCUCUUCUGGGUCAUUCAACUGCCAUUGUUACUCAUACACCCUACCAAACUUCGACCACUCUUCUAUGUCAAGUUAGUCGCUACUCCAGCUGUGGUUUUAGGGACCCUGGGGUGGGCUGUCAAACAAGCCGGAGGCGGGGGUGAUAUCUUCAGGUUGCAACCCGAGUUCUCUCCAGGGACUUCCAAGUAUGCCUGGCUUUGGCUGAGCUGCAUGUCGUCAGUCUCGGGACAGUGGAGCACUAUGGCGAUCAAUAUUCCGGACUUCUUGCGUUACAGCAAGUCUAGGAACGCCCAGAACGUCCAACUCAUAUUUGUCCCUAUCGUUUUCACCCUGUGUGGAACUAUGGGUAUCAUCACCACAUCGGCCACGAAAGUCUUCCAGGGAGACGGUGACUACCUUUGGAAUCCGCUGGAUAUUGUCGGUCUUUGGUUGGAGUUUGGCUCAGGAGGACGUUGUGCUGCCUUCUUUGGGGCGCUGGCGUGGCUCAUUGCCACGAUCGGCACCAAUGUUACGGCGAACAGCAUCAGCGCGGCCAAUGACCUGACUGUCAUGUUCCCGCGCUAUAUCAACAUUAGAAGAGGCAGUAUAGUUGCUGCAGUGAUAGGUGCCUGGGUUAUUGUGCCGUGGAAGAUCCUCGCCAGCGCCGCUACGUUCUUGAACUUCAUGGGGGCAUAUGCCGUCUUCCUAGCCCCUCUGAGCGGCAUCAUGGCCGCAGACUUUUGGCUCGUCAAGAAACAACGAUACGACCUGCCCGAUUUAUACGACCCUUAUGGCCGCUAUAGAUACAUCGCGGGUUGUAACUGGAGGGCAUUUGUUGCUUUCAUCGUGCCGGUUGCACCCAACUUGCCUGGAAUGGCAUUGGCAAUCAGCGGCUACCCUGCGGUCCAGAUCUCUGAGGGUGCUCAGCAUCUCUACAGCUUUGAUUGGCUAUUUGGGUUCGUCGUUUCGAUGUUCCUAUAUACAACACUGAGUUGGGCUGUGCCUGCGAAGGAGACCUUGGUUGAGCGAACAAUCUUGACCAGGGAGGACGGAAUCGAGAUUGAGGGAGCGCGAGACGGCAGUGACAUCGAGAACCCAAAGGUGCCCGAGAAGGUGUUAACAGAAGCGGGAGACGGUCGCCAUACUCCUGAAGCUAGAGGCCAAUAAUGGAGGAAUGGGGUGAUCUCAAGAAUGGAACCUGGAGUAGGACCGACCCUGAGCGAUGAAUUUGACUGUCUGACUUCCCUUGUUCUCUAUAUUGAUAGUGGCAUCUGCAUCCAACAGAUCCACCCAUUCCACUGGGCGAAAGAAGAGAUUGAUGAAAAAUGCACAUGAAGCCUAAGCUUGUAGAUC